AUGGCGAGCGAAUCCCUGAGCUCUAGCACCAGCCGGUGCAGGCCCAGAGGAUUUUUUGGACCUGAGCGCUUCUUCUACGACAAGCUGAGCUACACAGGUGUGCAUACCUGCGGUGGACCGGACACGGUGCACAAGGACAGCUAUGUCAGCUCACUGCGUGGCGGCUUGCGACCGUCGCGCUUCACACGGAACCCAGGUUUGCAGUCUUCAGCCCUGUCGCCAUCAGGCACAUCCACGGCGGGGAGAGGCCCCGAGCGGUUUUUCUAUGACAAGGACUCCUACACAGGUGUACACACCUGUGGUGGGCCCAAAGUCAUUGACAAGGAGAACGAUCCUGACGGCAACUUCUUCCGGAGCCUGCGGCCGAAGCGAGCCCACUCGCAGCCGGACAUGAGGCCCCCGAGCCGCUCCAACGCUGUGCGGCCAGCAGACUCGAACGUGAGGUUCUUGCGAAUUCUUUUCGAGGAGACGCCUGCGUCGAUGGCGCGCAAGCGGCUGUCGCUCCUCAACGCUCGGCUUGAAAGAGAUCGUUUCGGCGGCAGAUUGCCAGAUGCCGUUGCGUGA